ACUACUCACCCCGCUAACACUGACACCAACGCUCCCCCAAGUAGACUUCCAGGUAGGAACAGCAACCAUGCCUUCCCUCCACGCACAAACAGUGUUCCAAUCCGCCUAUACCUGCGCUCGUAGCCGCGGGCUCAAUGCCGAUCAAGCCUCCACUCUCGCCCAGGAUGCCGUCACCCGCAGCAUGACGGAGAAACCAGAACCCAUCUCUUCUUCACGCCGCACGCCUGCUACGUGCCACAUCCGUAGUACCACAAACUGCUCUACCCGUACAGCGGAGCAGACAAAUUAUCGUCAAGAGACGUACACCUCCUUUCAUCACGAGGAGUACUACCCGCACUGUGGUCCUUCGAGCCAGCCGCCGCCCCGUGACUAUGACAGCUAUCCUCGUGGUGGUUCCUUCGGCGCGCGUUACACCUCAGACCACUUCGAGCGUUGGUGCAAGCGCCCCUCUAACAAGGACAGCUAUCCGCAGUCUAGCUCUUCCAGUCAGCCACAGCCCCGUGACUAUGAUAACCUUCCCCGCAAUCGUUCCUUCGGCGGGCGUACUCAUACACACCCGCGGCCCUCAGAGCGUCCGCGUCCACGUCCCUCUAACCAGGACAGCUACUCGCGCUCUUCCAGCCGCCAUGAGCCCGACUACUCAGGCGUCAAACCGGACACCGAUCUGUACCACAUUCUCAGCGUGAGUCGCAGCGCGUCGCCGGACGAGCUGAAGCAGGCGCAGCGUAAGUUGAGCAUGAAGUACCAUCCUGACCGUGUUGGGGACGCGGAUAAGACGCUGGCGACGGAGAAGAUGGCGGAGAUUAAUCGCGCGUAUGAUGUUCUUUCGGAUGAGAAGGGAAGGCGGUAUUAUGAUCGGACGGGCACAAUUAUGCCGAGCGUUUGA